GUGUGACGCCGGCCGGCGUGGGAGCGGGAAGACAAGAUGUCGAGCGAUUUCUACCUGCGCUACUACGUGGGCCACAAGGGCAAGUUCGGCCACGAGUUCCUGGAGUUCGAGUUCAGGCCGGACGGUAAACUCAGAUACGCAAACAACAGCAACUACAAAAAUGACGUUAUGAUCCGGAAGGAGGCCUAUGUACACAAGAGUGUGAUGGAAGAACUGAAGCGAAUCAUAGAAGACAGUGAAAUCACAAAGGAGGACGAUGCGUUGUGGCCCCCGCCUGAUCGCGUAGGACGGCAGGAGCUUGAGAUAGUUAUAGGAGACGAACAUAUUUCAUUUACAACAUCUAAGAUAGGCUCUCUUAUCGACGUCAACCAAUCUAAAGACCCAGAGGGCCUGCGAGUCUUCUAUUACCUGGUUCAGGACUUGAAGUGUUUAGUAUUCAGCCUCAUCGGUCUCCACUUCAAGAUCAAGCCAAUCUAAGGGAGUGUGGUCGGUGCGCCUGUGGCUACAGGGACUGGAGGUCGGGGAGGAAGAGGGAACACUUGACUAGCGAAGAGGAAACUUGGGGUCUCAAGAUUGGUGAUACAGUAUGAUACUAACGUGUCGAUUUUUGAUAGCUGAUUUGAUUUUUUUUUAAAUGUGAGAGUAUGGCAGUUUCAAUUUGUUUAUACGUCUUUACCUGUUUCUCUUUUUUUUAUUUUAAAAUAAACCUGUUGG